AUGUUUUUCGACAUUUUAGUAGUGAAUUCGAUCGCACGCAUCCUAGGCACCGAAAGAGGACACGGCAAAGAAGACACAGUAACCAAUGUGCUUCAUUUCUUGCAAAAGCCGGAAGAUAAGGGCAAAAAGGCACCGAUGGCGAAAAAACGAUCGUCAUCUUCGAGAUCGUCAAAGAGGGGAAAGAAACAGAAGAGGACGGUAAAGAGAGCAAAGAAAGUAGGUGCAGCGAAGGAGACGGAGGAUGAGGAUUCCGACGACAACGAAAGUCAGAGCGGAGAGGAAUCGAGCGGCGGCGAGGAGGAGAACGAGACGAAGUCGGAGCUGAAGAGUCUGGUGAGCAGUGCAAAAAAGAAGGGGACCAGGAGUUCACGUGCUGAAACUAAACAGGACAAG